AUGGCUUUUCUCAAGACCGCUUGGCUUGUCUUUGCAUUGGGAGUGCUGGCCCCUGUAGCGCUCUCAUCACCGGCUCCAUGGCGGUGCAAUCCUAGUACUGUGGCGCUGCGCAAAGAGUGGGGUCAGUUUACGCGACUCGAAAGGAAAGCAUAUAUCUCGGCUAUUCAGUGUAUGCAACAGAAGCCAAAGCAGCUUCCAGCAUCGGAAUUCCCUGGGGUUCGCAACCGCUUCGAUGAUUUCGUGGCUACUCACAUCAACUAUACCCUUCAAGUCCACUACAGCGGUCUCUUCUUGCCAUGGCACCGGCAUUAUAUCUGGCUGUGGGAGAGGGCUAUUCGAGAUGAGUGUGAAUAUACCGGAUACCUACCGUACUGGAACUGGCCACUUUGGGUAGACAAUCUGGCGGCAAGCCCUCUCUUUGACUGCAGCGAGACCUCCCUCUCCGGCGACGGGGAAUUCGACUCCAGCGAGGAGGAUAUCUCCAACGCCAACAUCACAAUCCCACGAGGGACCGGAGGCGGGUGUGUGCGGUGUGGCCCGUUCAAGGAUAUGCAGAUCCAUAUGGGCCCAUUCUCGCGAAACCUUGUCUCGCUGACCGAAAUCCCAUCACCUGGAUUCGAGUACAACCCGCGCUGCUUCGUCCGCAGCCUGAAUCUGUUCGUCGCCACACAUUACACCAACGCGACGCUCGUCGAUCGACUGAUGGCCUCGUCCGAUAUUGUUGAUUUCCAGACGGUGGUGGACCACUGGCCGGCACGACCGGACGGGGUGUUUGGGGUCCACGGCGGAGGCCAUUUUAGUCUGGGAUCCACCUUCCAGGAUCUGUUUGCCUCGACACAAGACCCGGUGUUUAUGCUGCAUCAUGCGAUGAUCGAUCGGCUCUGGGCAAAAUGGCAAGCCAUGGAUGCGAAGAACCGCCGGUAUGCGGUGAAUGGCACGACCACUAUCUUGAAUCCGCCCUGGGGGAAGCCCGUUACCAUGGACCUGGAGAUGGACUUCGGGAUUCUCGGUCGGUCUCGGUCGGUCCGCGAAGUUAUGAACCCCAUGACGGAUGGGUACUGUUAUCGGUAUACGUGA